CCCGUGUCCGGCCUCUUCUUCCGGUGCUGUGCUGAACGCGAAACAUGCCGGCUAAAGGACCUCUGCAGUCUGUCCAGGUGUUCGGGCGCAAAAAAACAGCCACGGCUGUAGCCCACUGUAAGCGAGGGAAUGGACUGAUUAAAGUCAAUGGCAGACCGCUGGAGACCAUCGAGCCGGCCACUCUGCAGUACAAGCUGCUGGAGCCGGUCCUGCUGUUGGGAAAGGAACGCUUUGCUGGUGUAGAUAUCAGAGUGCGUGUGAAGGGCGGAGGACAUGUCGCACAAGUCUAUGCGAUCCGUCAGGCCAUCUCCAAAGCCCUGGUGGCGUACUACCAGAAGUACGUGGACGAGGCGUCCAAGAAGGAGAUAAAGGACAUCCUGAUCCAGUACGACAGAACUCUGCUGGUCGCUGAUCCACGUCGUUGCGAGUCCAAGAAGUUCGGAGGUCCAGGAGCUCGCGCCCGCUACCAGAAGUCCUACCGUUAAUCUCAACACGCACUCUCACACACUUUAUCAAAAUAAACCUGAGGCGAAAAACA